AUGCUAUUUCACAUAUUUUUUUUCAUAAUAUAUGUAUUUUUCAUUUUAAUAAAUUAUAAUGGAUAUGCUAACUGUUUUUAUCAAACAAAAAUUUGCUACAAAUUUUUUUAUUUAAAAGAAAUUAAUGAUGCAACUAAAUAUUCAGAUGGGUAUGAUAGAUAUAUACAAGAAAAAAAAAUAAAGCAGUUAAAGCAUAAGGUUGAAAAUAAACCUGUUAAGCAAUUAAGAAUAACACCAAGAAUUGCUAUGAAUGAUUUAUUAAUAAAAAUAAAUUCAGCAAAACAAUUUUUAUUGAAAAGACACAGAGUAAAAUUUAUUUUAACAUUAAAAGGAAGAGAAUAUACUAAUACAGAAAAUGUAAAAAAGAUAUUUUCAAAAAUUUCAGAAGAGUUGAAGAAUUUCGGUAUUUCUGAAACUAUGCGUCAAAAUGGUAAUGUAGUAUCACAAUUAUUUAAUUUAAAAGCAAAAAAGAAAAAUGAAACUUAA